UUUACACAACGAACACUUAAUGUGAGCAUUAUAAUCUAGCCAACAGUUAGUAAGCACAUUGCUACUGCAUGUAACUUUUCGGACAUGGAGGUUCCAGGAAGGAGGGAAUUAUAUCAUUUUUCUUGCAAACCUUGUGAAGAAAGUGAAAACGUUACUCAAGCGGAUGGAUUUUGUACGGACUGUGAAGAAUAUAUGUGUUCCAGUUGUUUUAAUGCACACAAAAAGUAUAAGCUAAAUCGAGAUCACACUUUAAUUGAUUGUAAUGAGGAAAUAACACGGAGAGAAAGUUCAAGUGAAUUUGAGAAAUGCGAGCAACACUUGAAUGAACCAGUAAAGUUUUAUUGUGCACAGCACAAGCAAGUUGGUUGCGGAGAUUGUAUGGUCAUAGGUCAUAGGUCAUGUAAGGUAGACUAUAUUCUUGAUAAGGCUGAAGAAAUUCAAGGCACAGCAGAGUUCAAGUCUUUAACUAAAGAACCGGGAAUAUGCAAGGUUGAAGCUGAGCAAGUGCUUUCCUCUGUUAAGAACAAUAUAGUUCAAAUUGAUGAUAUCAAUGAAAAGUUCAAACAGGAAGUUAAUAUGUUCCGGGAGGAGAUGAUUUCAAAAGUCAACAACUUAUCAGAUCGUAUGCUUAAGGAAGGCGAAUGCAUUAAAGCUAAAGAUAACUUGAGUAUGACAAAGUUAGCAGACGAAACUGAAAGCUUGAUUAAUGAUCUCAAUGAUAUGUCUGAUUUAUUCAAGUCAAAGGUUAGGAGUCCAAGUCAGCUCUUUGUUUGUUCAGUAUCAAAAAAACCUAGACUGGAUCAGCUGAGAAAACAGCUUGAUGACAUCAAAACCAGAAACAUUAUCGACUGUUACGAGUUCAAAAGAGAUACCAAGCUAUCUGGAACAUUAGCAAGCAUUGGUCAACUUGGGAAACUUCAGAAAGACAAUGAGAAGGGUGUAAAAGAUCAACAAGAGGUUAAAGAAGAUCAAGCUUUCAAAACGUUGCAGUCAUUUAAACUUUCAGCAAGUAAGGCUGAGCCACAACCGUUGCUUGACAGGCAGUUGAUAUGUAGAAAUAUUAAAGUGGAGGGACAAUAUCUCAGUUAUGUGGACAAUGGAGACGGAGAUGUUGGAAUGUAUGUUGACAAGAAUGCAAUGGUGGAUGGGAAAUAUUUCGAAAUUGAGAUAUUAAGUUUAGGCCGGCGUGGAACAAUUGCUAUAGGUUUGGUACCAAGUAAUUACCCAGACAAUAUGCAGCCGGGAUGGGGACAGAAGUCAAUAGGAUAUCAUGCGGAUGAUGGCAAUCUUUAUCACGAAUUUGGCCAGGGCAAAAGAUUUGGACCAAAAUGUCUCGUUGGUGACAAGAUUGGCUGCUAUCUAUUUAAUUCCGACAUAAGUCCUGCAGACCGAAAUGUAUUUAUGUUGAUGGGUGUUACUCUUGUUACAGCUGUUUUUACCAGGAACGGCAAAAAGGUUGGAGAAAAGGCAAUUCGAUUAAAUCGAUUUUUACAGCUUUUUGCUGCGGUUGGAAUGCAUUCUUCCGGAGAAAAAGUUAGAGUAAUGCUGGAUAAAAAGAAACCAUGAAUGAGAAUAUGAGUAUAAGAAGCAAAACUUAACUAAUAAUAGUUUUCUACUUAUAUUUACAGUAUAUUUAGACUUAAAGGGUAGUUAUUUGUCAUGUUUUUGAUGUUGUCUCAAUGUUCUUGUCUCUGACGUUUACAUCUUCAUGCAUUUUUCAUAUUUGUUUUGUGCACUUAGAAGAAAAAACUUUGAUCCUGUAAUAUUGAUGAUUUAAAGCAAACAAUUCUGAGGCAUAUAAAAUGACAGAUUUAAUGGCAAUAUUUACGGUUUGUUCUUUUUGUAUUUCUUUUCUUAUAAAAUAUUAUCUAAUAGCUACAUGUGGAUCAUCGUGUAGAUAUUUAAAACGACUUCAUUUUUUACCGUCGUUUAUUAUUCCCCGUUAAAGAAUUUGGAAUAUACAAUGUCAUUCAGAUUUGGCUUUAUCAUCUUCCCAUUGUUUUCUUGUUAAUGGCAUACGCUUUCUUUAACUUGAGGAUUACAUUGAAGGUUCUAUGAUAACUGCCAUAUGAACACACCUGUGGAUGUUUCUAAAUUAUAUAUUACGCCGAAGAAAAAGCCAAAAUACCCCGAAUAUUUGCAUGUCCGUCUGUCUCUCCUUCCGGUGUCCGUCACAAAUCGGCUAGAGCAAACAAAACUUAGCAAAAAGUCAUUUGCCAAAAACUUACACAAGUUAUUGCACUGCAUUAUUUAUAUGGGACAUAAUUCGAGAAGAAAUAAAGAAACCAACUUGAAAAGUCAUCAAUGGAUAGAUAUAAAGAAGAAUUGUUAAACCUGGUAUUUUUAUAGUACUUACUCUUUAUUAAUUUUCCUACUUAAUUUUAUAGGGCAUAACUACAAAAGUAUAAAAUAAAAAAAAAACAGUAGUUCUUUUCCUUAUGUAUUUUUUUUAUAUUUUUGUAUUUGGCAUAAUUCGAAAAGAUAGAAUUUUUUUUGCUUUAUAUAUAUUGAUAGAUUACAUAUUGGCAAUAUUGAGUGUCUAAGAACCAAAACUCUUUUAUUCCAUAACUUUGGAUUUACUGCCUUUUUUACUUUAUAAUAGCUUAAUGUAUUCAAAAAAGUAUUAGAGGUUUUAACUAAAAUUUCAAAGCAUGAUUAAUAUCAAUAAGGAAAUCGUGCACUGUUUUAACCAUGACUCUUUUAGGUAUUAACCCUUUGUGAUUUUUCACAUUUUUUCUAAGGAGCACACAAAAGAAAUAUAAGGGGUGUAAACUUGAAACUUAUAGAUUGAUAGUUCUCAUUAGGGAAAAUAACUUUUUUUAUUUAUUUUUUUUUUUCAUAAUUUUGGAGUUAUUGCCUAUGGUAUUUUGUCAUAUUAAGUAUUGCACUUUGUAUUCUUAAAUUCAUAUUUUGACAAGACAUAUCUUAAAGUCACAACAAUGAAUCAGAAUUAUAUAUAACUGUGUGUAAUGUUUCACAUUUUGUUAUUAAAUGAAUGUUUUUGUAUAAUAUUUGAUGAUACAUGGAUAAAUCACAAUCAGCAUUACCGAAUUCUUUAUUUCUUAGAGUUACUUAUAUAACAAAUAUGGAACCAACAUUUAAAACAAUGACUUUAACUGAAUUCAGUAGAUAUUUUUACAUAUAAUGUGUGUGUUUUGCAUGAGUAUUUUACAUUGCUUAUUUUAUUAUAGUUAGCUACUAUAUUGGCAAUGAUUGUCAACUGUUAAUAAAAUUCUUCUGUGGAAAGUUUCAACACGUAAGCCGGUCUAUAACGCUAUAUAAGUUUGCUGAUGAUAGUUUAGUACAUUCAAAAUAAAGAACUAGUUCAUGUA